AUGGAAAGAGACUCGCAUCGUACGUUCCGCGAGAUCCAUGGGAGUAAAGAGAACCUGGUCUCCAGCGUAAAAGAUAUCCUGGAAAAAGCUCUAGUGGAAGUUGUGGAGGAUGAUGCGCCUUUGAACCUACGGUUCAUCACACCUUAUCAAAUAACCACCGGCUGGCCGACAGAUGAGAACUGUUCCGACUAUGCCCUUACCUUGCCAGGUGAACUCCCACCUGGUCAAGAGUACAUAUCUGUCUCGUACACCUGGGCCCAUUCGCAAGAGAUAGAUGCAUCGAAGCCUAUAUCAGAUUAUCGUAUCAAGGAUCGAGCCACUCCAGAUGCGCCAUUCAGAUCAAUCAACUGCCCCACUAUGAUAUUCCACCGUGCAUGGUGUUUCGCGCGAGCACACAAAAUUCCCUACAUCUGGAUCGACCAAGAGUGCAUAUACCAGGGAAACGCAGAAGAUAAGCAAAGGCACCUGCAGAUCAUGGACAAGAUAUACAAGAGAAGUAAAUGGACCGUUGCCGUCUUGUCGACAGAACUCCCCGACACCAUGCUCAGCGCCCUAGCGCUGAUUCUGCAAUACAGCCAUCAGCGAUUGUCAUGCCCAAAUUUUGGAGAUUGGCCAGGUGGUAUUGAUAUCCGGCCGCUUUACGAUGAGUUCAAGAAGAACGCUGUCAAGAUAUUGUCCUCCCUAUAUUCCGAUCGAUGGUUCACACGCGCCUGGACAUUCCAGGAAAGGCGUUGUGCUUCAGCAUGCGUAUUGCUAGCUCCAGUUGGGAACAAGAGCGAUGCGGUCGCACAGUUGUCUUUAGACUGGAUUGGAAGCGAUGUCAGCUUCUCAUUUCGCCAUAUAUUCAUAUUAAUGAAUCCCCCCAAUGUAUGUACUCAGUAUCAUGCUGACAAUGUGCAUGAGGUUUUGGUGGAAUCCUUCUAUCACGGGGGGGACCUGUCAGGACGUUCAGCAAACUGGCUGCUAUUUAGGGCGAUGGAGAGAUGUGACAGCCUGAUCUGCUCAGAUAGGCUCACAAUAUUUGCAAAUGUUUGUAGCUUCCGCUACAAGCUGAACUCCACAGUAUUGAACGACGCAAAGUACAGCUACAGUACUUGUAUGCUUGCGCUUAUAAUGGCGAAUGAAGUCGAGGAUAAACUUACUGUUGAUUCAACGGAGACUUCUAGGUCAGAUGUGGAUUUAGACCAGAAUUUCGAAUGGUAUUUGGGCCGCAAGCAAUGGUCUUUGGACGCCAAGCGAGCUAAAUAG